CUGAGUGGCCGAUAACACGGCGAUGUCCGCGAACGAUGGGCUUCGCUCCCCCAAUCCACCACCAUCCCUGUGUUCAAAUCCCCCUUCGCUUCGCUCCAGUGAUCAUCCCUAGGGUUCCUUCCAGCUCGAUUGCUUCUCCUUUUCUUCUUCAUCGCUAUGCUUCGUUCUCCUCUUCUUGCCCUUUAUCAGUUCGAGGGCGGUGCUUGGAUAGGCGCUUGCCAUGGAUUCUGGCUGCCGGUGGAACCAAGCGGGAUAAUCAGUCGGUUACAGAGGAAGUGCAAGGAUCUGAUCCUCAAUACAAUGGAAUAGAAAAUGCUGAAGAUAGCGUGCCAUCUUCAGUUAGAACAGUUGCUUUUUGGGUGUUUGCUGCUGUGACUUUUGGCAUUGCUUUGGGUUUAAAGGAAGGUGCUGAAAAAGCUUCUGAAUAUUUUGCGGGCUAUAUAUUAGAGCAAAGCUUGUCAGUUGACAACCUCUUUGUCUUUGUUUUGGUUUUCAAAUACUUCCAAGUGCCAAAAUCAUAUCAGAAUCGGGUGCUUUCUUAUGGCAUUGCUGGCGCAAUUAUUUUUCGUGCUAUAAUCAUUUUACUGGGAACAGCUACUCUUCAGAGGUUUGAGGUAGUGAACUUACUUCUGGCCUCGAUUCUUCUCUAUUCGUCAUACAAGCUAUUUUCUUCUGAAGAGGAAGAUACUGAUCUUUCUGAAAACUUCAUUGUGAAGACAUGCCAAAGGUUUAUCCCUGUUACAGCUUUCUAUGAUGGUGACCGGUUUCUAACUAUGCAAGAGGGUGCAUGGAAAGCUACACCAUUACUUCUCACCGUUGCAGUCAUUGAACUCACUGAUAUUGCAUUUGCGGUUGAUUCUAUACCAGCAGUUUUUGGUGUCACAAGGGAUCCUUUUAUAGUUUUUUCUUCAAAUCUGUUUGCUAUCUCAGGCUUAAGGGCUCUAUACAUACUUAUUUCCCAGAAAAUGUCUGACCUAGAGUAUUUACAGCCUGCUAUUGGAGUUGUUUUGGGUUUCAUAGGGACGAAGAUGAUAUUCGACUUUUUCGGUUUCCAUAUAGCAACAGAGGCCUCCCUAGGUAUUGUUGCCGCAACUAUUGGCACCGGAGUGGUUUUGAGUCUUCUGAAGGAAUCUGACUAAAAGGAUUUAAAGUUCCUUCAUUUUGCAAACCAGAAAGCAGCUCUGUAGUCAUUAAAGAUCACUUCAUUGCAUCUCUUGCUUAUGUUUUUAUUUUUAUUUUUAAUUUCAGUUUAAUUUUCUUGGAAUUCAAUUGGUAAGUGUUAUGCGAUGUUUAUAUGCUUAUCUUUA